AUGGGCAAUUUACCUGAAAAGCGCUUAAGUUUUGAACGAUCCUUUCUCAAUGUAGGUGUCGAUUACUGUGGGCCUUUUUAUGUAAAACAAAGGCGUCACAGAAAUCGAGGCAAAGAUAAGGUUCACAUUGCAGUUUUUAUUUGCUUCGCUACAAAAGCUGUUCACUUUGAAGUCGUUAGCGAUGAAACUACAGAUGCCUUUCUUGGCUGCUUGAAACGUUUUUUCUCACGCAGAGGAAAAGCAAAAACAAUUCACUCUGACAAUGGUCGAAAUUUUGUUGGUGCUAAUAAUGAAUUGAAUAGACUUUAUGAAUUUGUAGAAACUGAAAUUAAAAGCGAUGCAGUACGACAAUUCUUAUUGGAAAACAAGGUUAAGUGGUUUUUUAAUCCUCCCAGUUCACCUCACUUUGGCGGUUUGUGGGAGGCCUCAGUAAAAUCUUUGAAAUAUCAUUUAACUCGAACAAUAGAGAACACACUGCUUACUUAUGAGCAGUUAGAAACAUGUGUUGUUGAAAUAGAAGCAAUUUUAAACUCUCGUCCUCUUACACCUAUGUCCUCUGACCCAAAUGAUAUACUUCCCUUGACUCCCGGUCAUUUCUUAAUUGGUGAUUCUUUGACGAGCUUUCCUCAAAGGGAUCAUGAAGGAAUCAACAUCAAUCGUCUGUCAGAUUGGCAAAGGGUGGAGCAACUUCGACAACAUUUCUGGUCCAGAUGGUACAAGGAGUACCUAAAUGAGAUGCUAUCUCGCAACAAAUGGAAGGGGAUGUCUAAGCAAGACAAAAUCAAAAUUGGUACAAUGGUAAUACUUUCAGAAUCCAAUGUACCUCCUAUGUGCUGGAAAUUGGGUCGCAUCACGCAAAUAUUUCCUGGAAAGGAUGGAGUUAUUCGUGUAGUGUCAGUGCGCACCAAGUUCGGCGAAUAUACGCGCAGUGUCCACAAAGUGUAUCCACUUCCAAUCUACGAGCAAGAAUGA